AUGGUAACUACCAUCAGAUACUUUGAACAGGCGGCCCACCAAGCCAUGAGAAAGGAGAUCAUCCACACCCCUGACCUCAGCGACAUGUACAACGACAUCAUGCACACCGUCACAACUACUCGGCAGACAGAAGGCCUCCUGUUGGGUGCAAACACGUACCAUUCAACUACCAAGUCGGUCUUGAAGAAUAAGGGUCAAGCAGAGAUUGUUGACCUCAUGCGCUAUCUCAAAGCCGAAGUCUUUAUUCGCCUUGACAACUGGCGUGCGAAGCCCUUGGCGGAUUGGUUUAACAUGGUUCAUGACGCUCGUCUUGAGAAGAAGUUCCGGAACAAAUACUGGGCUGCCAAUCAAAAAGCCAACAUGAGCAGCAUUCCUUUCUUGUUUAGAAAGAUCAGAAAGCCACUGAUCAACUCCAACACUCAGCUUGCCGACGUGUAUUUCGUCGAUGCCAGGAGAAUCAUGCGCCGCUCUGUCUGGGUUCCUGGACCUGAACAUCCCAUCAUCCAGAGUGCCGUUGCCAUCAUGGUCCGAGCCGAUGAGGAUAUUAGCUUCAAGGAGACUCAACCCUUUAUCGUUCAAGUCUGGAUAGCCUGGUGUCUUCUUCAAGACGACCCUUGCAUUGAGACGAGCUACCUCGCCACCAUGAUCCACGAUCGUGCCAGCAAGAACUCCGACCUCAGCACAUGCUUUGCUCACGAGUUUGCAGCCUUGCGCAGGGCCAAGAGCGCACACUCUGACUACAGUAGUUACGGCAAAUGGCUACAUAUGCAUGGUCGAUGCCAUAUCAUUGCCUUUGAUGAGUUGAUGGCGAGAGAGAUCGUUGUGACCAUGAAUGGCGGAGUUCAAUAUCCUGCCAACAACACCAGGCAGAGCGGUAAGAACACCACAAAGACCACUUGA